AUAGAGGAUGAAAGUGGAAGUUAAGAAAAAAAAAACCGAAUAUUCGUAUUUUAAUCGCCGUUUCUUUUCUUCUAUUAGCUUCUGUUUCGCAAGAUCACGACUUCUAUAUAAUAAUAUAUAAGCUCGCCGUAUAAUUUUCUUGCCGGGAAUAAUCUCCGAUCAUCGUCGGAAAUUUCCGAAUUGUUGUAAAAGAAGUCCAAUUUAGGCUUUGGAUCCUCAGUUUAAUUUAUCUGGGACUUUUGGUUGCUGAAAUCUCUUUCGGGUUUUGUCCUAAUCCUCAUUAGUUUGGGUUUCGUGAGUCUCGUUUUAUAAGAACAUGGGACAAAAGAGAUUGUUGUUCUUGCUGGCAGUUUUUACUUUUCUUGUUUCAUCUUCAUAUGGUAGAGGUGUUCUCAAGUUGAAGAGCGAUGAUGAUCGACCUGUUUACAACCAUACGCUUGCCGUCACGCUUGUGGAGUAUGCCUCUGCGGUCUAUGAGUCUGAUUUGACAAAACUCUUCACUUGGACGUGCGAAAGAUGCAAUGGUUUGACAAAGGAUUUCGAAGUAAUAGAGGUCAUAUUUGACGUUGAACACUGCUUACAGGCGUAUGUUGGGGUGGCUAAGGAUUUGAAUGCUAUCAUUAUUGCAUUUCGGGGAACUCAAGAACACAGCAUACAAAAUUGGGUCUCAGACUUGUUCUGGAAACAGCUCGAUCUGAAUUACCCUGACAUGCCAGAUGCAAUGGUGCACCAUGGCUUUUACAGUGCUUAUCACAAUACAACUUUACGGCCUGCGGUUUUGGAUGCAAUAACACGAGUGAAAAAAGUCUACGGGGCGAACAUCAACAUCAUAGUGACCGGUCAUUCAAUGGGAGGAGCCAUGGCUUCCUUUUGUGGUCUAGACCUAGUUGUAAAUGAAGGUGAAGAAAACGUACAGGUUAUGACAUUUGGGCAACCUCGUGUUGGGAAUGCCGCUUUUGCAUCUUAUUACAGUUUGCUUGUGCCCAAUACCUUCCGGAUCACGCAUGACCGUGAUAUGGUUCCUCAUCUGCCUCCUUACUAUUACCAUUUCCCUCAAAAAACAUACCACCACUUCCCAACAGAGGUGUGGGUGAAAGAUUUCAGUUUUUCGAAUUUUGUUCUUUUUGGUUUGGAGAAAGUUUGUGACAACACUGGUGAAGAUCCUACUUGCAGCAGAUCGGUAAGGGGAAAUAGCAUUUCUGACCAUUUAAGGUACUUUGGGGUAGAGUUGAAGUGUGAGAGUUGGAGACAGUGCAGCAUAGUGAUGAAUCAAGAUAUGGAGCGUUACAGCAGGAAAGAUUCAAGGGGUAACUUAUUCCUCUCGCGGACAGUUCCUCCUAAGGACGUAGUCAAAACAAGUUCUCUAUCGAAAACCGGAAUCUCUAGUCUGUAGGUAUAUGUUGAUCUCAAGUCUUGAACAAGAGAAAGCUCGCUGGAAGAGGAGGUUUGGGGGAUUCAAUGUGUGGAGGAAGAACAAGGGUUCUUUGAUUCUUUGUGAUGGCAAGAGAAGGUGAAAAAAUGAUUCUGUAAAUAAAUCCUACGUUGGUAGCAUGUAAAAUCUUUUUCAAUUUAAAUGUGAAUGAAUAAUCACAUUGUACAGUAGCAGAUUCCGAAUUCUUUAAAUUUGUAUCCAUCAAUUUCUUCUGUCAAUUAUUAAUCAAAGUACAAACAUCAUUUUACUU